AUGGAAAAUUCAGCUGAGCAAAAGGCAGAAACUAUAAAAAGGUUCAUUGAUACUACAGUGAAUGUGGGGAGAAAAGAAAUUCUAGAUGGGUUUAGGGCACGAUCACGUGUCGUAAUUGAGAAAGAAGUUGCUGCUACUACAAGCUUGACUCAUGGUUUUAUUAACUCUCUGCAACCUUGUCUUUUGGCUUCCUCCAAACCCUUACCAACUAUGAGUUUGACUCCCUUUGCUAAGUGCGUCAAUCAUGGUCAUGCCGCCUACAUUUCACUUGAAGAUGUUCAAAAUUCUGAGAACUACACUCGCCUUGUGAUUCAUUCUCCUAGAUACCGAGUUAUUCAUCGGUACAUGGACUGUGAGUUGGAGUUUCAGGAGGAUGUUGAAACUCUUCGUAAUACUCUUCGUCAAAGAGCAGAACAACAAAAUCAUGUGCAUUUGCUGGGAUAUAAGGAAAAAUAUUUGCAGCGCGAAAUACGGAGAUGCAAAAUCUGCAAAAAGAGCCUAGAGCAUGAAGAAAUCUUCUCCCACAGAGAUACGGAGUUUUGCAGCUCCGAAUGUAGAUCUAAUGAUGUGGUGCCUUACUUUGAACAGCGGGUGCCGGUGCAAGGAAGAAUGAUGAGAGCUCGGAAGUGA